GACGUCUAUGCGCGCGCACGUUUUCGUGACGUCACGCUGGAUAGAGCGCGGCCACUGUGUCAAGUGAUACACAAGAAAAGAAAGCCCGAAAUUUUUGAAAAGAUUACAAAAACCGUUGUAUUUUUUGCGUUUUUACGUCCUUUGACGGCGAUUGGACAACGUAGACAGUAUCUUGGAGUCUUAGUGCGUGUUCUUGGCGUGAUUUGUUGUGCGAAACGUGCUUAAUUCUGGUAAAAAUCGUGGUAUUAUUUCAAGACGUAUUGGCGUGUUGCGAGCACAUUUUACUGACCAAUGGCCAGAAAGGCCAUUUGUUUACGGUGUACAAUAAAACUGGCAUUACGAUCGUCGUAAUAACACCAUCUACAAUACACCAUCUUAAAAUUCUACGAUAUUAACUAAAUCUAUAGCGAAAUCCAUUGUUAUUGUUGUGAAAACACGAUUCAAAAAUAUAACAUGUGGAAAUAUGGAAUCAAUUGUGUAUAAACGAUAGAACGCGUAGGUGAGUCAAAGAUUAUAAAAACACGAUAGGAACAUCUCUAAUUCCCAGUGGGGAUGGCAACGAACAUGAAUUUGCCCCAGAAGCCGAACUUGGGCGAGUAUGUUUCAAACAACAUGCCUAUCAAUUAUAACAACAUGGGCAUGAAGGCUCCAUCGCCAAAUUUUGCUGCAAAUAUGCCUUUGUCUCAGAACGCGCUCGGCGAAGCUGCAAUGGGGAAUCAGAUCCCCACUGCAUUUCCCCCGAACCAUUUUAACCAAGGGAUGAAUAGUUUCGGUGGACAGUCGCGGCAGUUUCAAGACAGUUUGGAAAAUAUGGCCAGAAUGAAAUACAACCCGAAUUCCAACAUGGCGGCCGCCGGCCCGUACGGAGGGAUUUACGAUUCAAAUUCUAGCGAGUCCUAUCAGCUCGCAAUGGCACGGAAAUUUCGUCCCCAAGAUAUGUAUAGCAUGAAUAAAAACGUGGAACAACCGAACUAUUCUCAACAGCGAAGUAUGGCUGGCAACCCAUGGUCUCCCGAGUUUGCCAGCAGAAACAAUAGACAACGGUCACUACCCGUGAGCAAGCCUGGCAUGCCACAAGUACAAGUAAGCGAACUAUUGUUGUUUUUCUUUUGUUUUUGGCGGAAUUGUUUGCAUCUCUGCCAGUUGUAUUGUGUUGUUUAAUGUGUGUUUAUGAAUUUUGGCUGAUCAUGCUUGAUUGGUUCUACUAUUUCCUCUGUGAUGUUAACCACAUGCUUUUUGUGGUUGCAUUUUUAAUACUGAGUGUUUAAUUUGAAUUUGGUCUCAUGUUAUCUGUCAUAAUACUGCGUUUUUAUAUGCCACUCAUAAUUAUGUAAAUACCAGGAUGCAUUUUGUAUGCAGUAGGCUUAACUUGACGGCAUGCAAUGUAUCCUGCUUUUUUGCCGUUAAUUUUUUAUACUAAAUGGCUGUUUAAAUGGGAGCCGGUUUACCGCCCUUAGCAAGACAGCCCGGUAAGAGGGAUGAAUUUCUCUUAAGUAGGAUCUUGCCACCUUCAAACAAGAUCUUGGCAACCGGACCAGCCCGUUUGUCCAUACAAAACCCUAUUUGUCCACACAAACACAUAUUAAAUUUUACUAUAAAAGUAACUACACAGCGAGAUCUCGCUUACCUGGCAGUCUCGCUAAGCAGGCCCGCUCAGCUUCCAUAUAAAACAGCCCCUAACUGAAAUUUUUGUAUUUUCUUUGCACAAACAAUUUCAGGUACAUGGUAGUAGAAAACCAGUGCAGGGUUUGAAGCAGCUGCCGGCGAGCGCUUGCAUUUCACAACACUAGCCUGUGACACAGAAUAAGGCACACAGAAGGGCCACUUACAUCGGAAGCUUUGAAGUUUCUGUCACCCUGGCCGCCAUCUUCCUAGCCAGUCGAUUACAUUUUCUGGCCAAUAAACGCGCUGUAUUGGCUGGCCGCAAUCUUCCUGGCCAGUCAAUUGCAUAUUUUUGCAUAGAAAAAUGGUGACACGUUGCACCGCUGAGUGGCCCUUCUGGUACUGAUCUUUAUUCUGUGACUUUGAAAUUAGAAUUGAAAUGAUAAGUUUUCCUCUAUAGUCCAUUGAUCCACUGCACACAAUGAAUUUAUAAGUUUUAAGUUAAAAAAUCGGUCUUGACAUAAAAUAUCUGGGUAAAACAUUUUUGAAUUUCUGUAAGCAAUGAACCAGGGACCGGUUGUAUGAAGGCCGGAUAGCGCUAUCCACCGGAUAGUGAUUUUUUCAACCUUUGUAAAAAUGCUUGAAAAACUGCGAAACUACGGAUAUAGACGAAGAAAAAAGUAUAAAAAAAAGUUAACUUAUAAAUACUAAACUUUAAUAUGAGUUAUAACAAUCAACGACUAAUUUAACAAAGUUUGAAAAAAUCACUACCCGGUGGAUAGUGCAAUCCGGCCUUCGUACAACCGGCCCCAGGAGGUAAUCGUGAUAGAGACAAGGACAAAAAUUUUUAUGAUGUGAUGGCCUAUUUACAUUUAUUGAUUUUCAUCAUAUGAGUUUUGAAUUUGAUGUAAAAAUUGUUGCAUGUGUUUGAAAAAUCAAAAUUCAUAGAGAGCCUGCAGUCUAUGUACAUUAGCUCAAUGGGUAGACUCGUAAUAAUGGGUAGACUAGUAAUUUGUUAACCCAAAACCAUCAUCACAUUUUCUCAGGUACGUGUUGAUCCAAAUCUCGGUCCAAACAUACCGCCAGAUCAAAAUUUUCCCAGUCCAGUUGCAGGAGGCUCAACACAGCAACCUUACCAAAUGCCGUCACCAUACAUGACGGGUGAUAUGUACAAGCAAUCUCGCGAACAACCCUUUGUCGCUCGAGGCAUUGGCGGUAGUUUUAAUCCUCAAGACUUCUAUCAACAAGAGCAAAUGAGACAGAUGGCAAAUGUAAGUUCUAAAUAGAGUCACAGAAUAGAUACAGGACCAGAAGUGUCACUCAGACGAUAUUUUGUCCGAAAUUUUACGAGUGCUGACGUGAAAAUACGCCAUCAUAUGAUGCCAUCCUGGAGUGCACACGGAAGUUUUUCAUAGGAAAACAUAGGUACAAAGUGCCGGGUGCACUCCAGGAUGACGUCAUAGCACGCAAAAAAAUUUCGGACGUUUUCCUUCAGCCAAAACACAUAGGAGUGACACUUCUGGUCCGGUAUCUAUUCUGUGAUAGAGUAGUUGAGUUGAGAAGACUGCUUCCAGUAAGAGUGGUAGCGAGAUGAAAAAUGAAUUUUAAUUGGCAAUUUACGAGUAACAUUGUCUGGUGUAAGACAGAGUAAAAUAUUACCAAAACUGUGGAUCCUCUUGCCUGCAAAAAAGAAGGUGUUAUGUUUUUAUUCCGGAAUUAUGCAACCACAUUCCUUUCGUCAGGAAAUCAACAUCUUGGGAAUUGCAAAGUCUGAUUGAUCCACAAGAAAUUAUGCUGAGAUUAGCUAAUAGUAGUUUGACAUUUAGCGGUAAAGGCGUGUACUGUAGGAUGGCAUUCCUGAAUGUUUUGACACAGAACAUGGCACAUUGCAUGUUCUUGAGACAGAGUGGCAUUCUUGCGGACUUCGCUGAGUUAAAUUAAAACCUUUAACAUGCAACUGACAUUGUUUGGCAUACUAAAAACAAACAAAUAUAUUUUCAGGCUAGAUGACAUCCUUGCAAAACUGAUCUGGUUUCCAAAUUUUCUUGAGCAAAAUUUUGAAGUUGAACAAUCUUAUAUAUAUAUACAUUUUUUUUUCAUAAUAGUUAUGUUAUUUUUGGUAGAUCUGAAUUGGCAAAUUGCAAGCUAAGCAUAAUUGGGAAAAUUGUAUGUAACAAAUACAAUUGGUUGGCAUUCAGGCAGUGUAAAAUAAUAAAGUCUUGUGCAUUUGUAGCUUAAUGGGCACUAUGCCCAAAUGCCAAUGUUUCAGAUUUAGAACAGUGAAUUUUGCCGGUGGUUCAGUCAGAUAAGUUUGUAGCAAAUUCACCUUGUCUCCAUUGUCAGAACAUUUUUCGCCACCAUUCACUUUUCCAAAUGAUGUUCCAAAAAUCUGUUAUUAGUAAACUGGUUGUGACUAAUGCUUAUUUUCCUCUUUUUAUAUAUCCAAGCUUUUGUAAAAAGGAUAAUUUCAGUUCAGUUGUUUCUAAUAUAUUCUAGAGAUUUUAUAAUGCAUGCAAAAUUUGUUUAAAGUGCCACUUCUUGAAAGGACAUACUGUAUUAUGACAGGCAUGCUAUCUAAAACAUGUGAUUCAGAGGCAAAUCUUGUCCCAAAAAUUGCACAUAAUUUUUUCUCAACUAAUUCGAACCCUGUAGUCCAGAGACUUCCACCAAAACCUGAAAUGCUGAAUAUGCCCCACUUUAUUAUUUUAUUCUGUCUAACAGCACGCAAUUUUACUUGUCAAAAGGGUGAACGUUUGCCUUUCAGCGGGCUAAACUUUAAUUCUUGUCAGCAAACUUAUAAACAAUUCGAGCUUUUGUGAAUUGAACACAUUUGACAUCACAAAUGAUUGGUUUUGUUACUGUGUCAAUAUUGAUUACAGCAAAUUUGUUUCUAUUCCAGCAAUAUCAGCAAGUUCAACAUCCACAUGUGACUGGUAAUUAUCUCACAGCCAAUCAAAGAAAUUCCUCAAGUCCCUUCGGCCAGACUGUCAUGUCAAAACCUUCCCAAGAUGCCAUGUACUCUCAACAGUUUAGUGGUAGUCCAAAAUCAAAUGGGCCUCACGCCAUGAUGCCGGUAAGUAAGAUGAUACAGUGGUCAGUUCAUGCGCUUCUCGUCUCUUUGACAUGCAGCCCUUGAAAACCGUCAAAAUUUAGGUCAGCAAAAAAAUGCCGACCUAAAUCAGACCUAAGUCGUGCCGUUUCGGCAUUUUUAAAAAUCUGUUUCCAUGUCUUGGAGCACUAGUAAUCACAUAUUUGCGAAUCAUAAAUCGGAAUAUAAAGCAUGCCUUUUUCCAUGGAAACGCAAACUAUAGUAACACGACAGCUUUUUGUUUAGAGUCUUACCUAAAUUAUAUAUAUAGAAUACCCGUAGAAUACCCGUCAAUUUUUAAAUCUUACACCGAAGUGUGUUCAGUUCGAACUAUGAAUCGAAUUCUGUAAUCACUGACUUUUUAACAGCAAUCAGCACCAAAAAAUUCUUAUAUUUUGGUUGAAUUAAGGUUGGCAAAAAUUUGCCGACCUGGAAGGUUGACAGCAUUCGGCAAUGCCGACCUCGUUUUUGACGGCUGGACAUGGUAUGAUUGAUACCAAGGCUCAAAAUAUACAGGGCGUUAGCCAGAAGUAAAAAAAAACUCCGCGUUUACCUGAAAUUGGGAAAUUUAUUUUAGCCUGAAGCCGGGUAUUUCUUUGUGGGUCUGGGGGCAUGCGGUUGCCCCCUCUUGAUUUUUAAAAUUUUUGUGUCUUUGAAAUGGCAUUUCCCGCAUUUUGGGAGUAAUUUUGAGCAAAUGUAGUUAUAAACAUGUUUUUAAUGGCGUAUUAACAACAUUGAAUUUCUAUAACUAUUUUUUGGCUGACCCAAAUUUGGAAAUUGCGACCUCAAGGCUAAUUGGGACAACCGCAUGUAACGCGGAAUUUUUUACUGUAGCUAACACCCUGAUAUAUCAAUGGUCAACGACCGGCCAAAUUUUUAAUAUGGCCAGUCAGAUUUGUAUAAUGUUGGUUACAUGUUACAUGCUUUAUUAAAAAGGGAAAAAAAACAAUAUUUACAGUACUUCGUUACCACUAAGGUAUUCUAGGUUACAUUUGUGAUUUUUUUCUUGCACAGGCAACACAACAGGUCAAAUUUAAUCGUGCUACCGGUGCGGGAGAAGUGCCAACACAUGCGAUGAUUUCUUGUCUGGUAAGACAAAUGCAAAGCCAGAGUUUUCCAAAUUGAGGCAUGCUUGUUUGAUAAUAUUUAGUGCUCUUAAUUGUCAAUCUCAGGGCGCAUUGGGCGUUAAUGAGUUAACUUUAGACACUUAAAGUUUGAUUACUGUGAAGUGUGGUCUAAUCUGUAGAAACAAAAAUAUUACGUUCAGGGUUUGAAAUAACGAUUCAUGAUUCGUGAAUCACAAUGAGAAAGUAACUUCAAUAGGUGUAGUAAGAAAUGAGAAAGUAACUUUGAUAGGUGUAGUAAGAAAUGGUUUGUGGUAUCCAAUGAUGAAUACUUACCUCGUAUUGAUCAAAGAUGAAAUCUCAAUAUUCACUCUAAUUUUUUACUGAGGAUACCAAACACAACCAUCAUUAUAGAUCGCGCUAUUUUUGUCUUGUCUGUACAUCUGUGAUCUGUCGGACGUACGAUGGGCAUGCAUUGAGCAAUGAUAAAUCGCAGUCGAACUAUAACAUGUAGCUGAGACUUGGAGAAUUAGAAAAUGCUAUGUAUAUAUCAAAGUAUUCAACUUUUCAUCCUAGUAUGUGCUUAAAAGUGUAUGAAUUUGUGAUGUCUUAGCAAUGAACUGGUUUUGCCAUGUAUCGACAGUAUUUUAUAAACUUGGAGGUAUAUCUUUUACUAACCCACAGCACUGGAUUAGCUGCCCCAAAUACGCUUUUCACCAGCCAGUCCACUUGUCAAAUAAAGUGAUUUUCAUUGGCUGGCUGACUAAAUAUAAUCAGUGUAAUUUUAUAUUUUUUGGCAAUGGUUGCCGAAAGUUACAGUAAAUUACUGUAACUGCAGUGAUUGCCAAAGGUAUCAAGUUACAAUUGCGUUGCCGCAAAGGCCAUGAUACAUGUGCGAUUUCUUCUAUUGUGCGGGUAACACAAUGAAAUUUGACCUAUUGCGUUACUAUCUGUCUUUGUCGCUGUUUGUGUCUAAGGCCUAAAAAAAAUACCUGUGGUUCCUGUUUCAUAUCGUGAAAAAAUUAGGGUCGGUAGGUCGGAAAUACUUUUUUUUAAAAUAUUUUUUCCAUGGUUUUAGCGGGUUUUUCUGGGCGAUUUGCAGUAGAGCCCGGACAUCAAUAUUAACUAGAGAUGCGUAUUUCCUAUGGAUGAAUUUAGGCAAUUUGGUUCAGUAAUUAGUCUGACAACAGACACCAUUUUGGCACGCUGUAUGAGCAGCCCACAACCACCCAAAGAAAAUAGGGUCGCACGGUCAAUCGCGUUGGAAAAAUAAUAGGGUCAGCCGAAAAAAUAGCGUCGGUCGGGAACCGGAACCACAGGUAUUUUUUAGGCCUAAUUCCAUGCAAUUUUCUUAUACAUUUAGAACAUGGUUGAUGAGAGACAAAUGGCAUUUCCAAAUACAAAUUAUCCUGUAAGCCCGGUAGGAUCACAGAUGGCCGGCAAACCGGGCUACCCACCAUCACUAGGCAUGAGAGGAACAGUCUCACCAAAUGUCACUAUUGGUAUGCGUAAGAAAUCACCUUACCGACCUCAGGAGGAAGGUUUGUAGUAAAUUUUGAAUAUUUCAUCAAGCGCUGGUGUGAUUUUCUCCAGUGGCAAACACUGGGGGGGAGUGCUGUUGUUCGAUGGGUUAACAUGUAAUUAUCCUAUAUUUAGCUGUGACAUCACCUGGAGCCAAUCAGAAUGCAGGAGCAGCUGCCGCAGCAGCGGCCAUCCUAGCUGCCGUCAAUACAGCCAACCCAAGUUCACAGUCUGACAUGCAUAGUAUGUCGUCCCGACCACCCAGUGUCCCUAACAUGUCCUCACGGCCACCUAGCAUCCAUGCAAAGGACCCUCGGAGUCCUGCAACAUCCAUCAUCAGUGAUCACAAGUCGGAGUCAGGGGGGUCGGGGAUCAACGAUAUUAGGGCGUCACCUAGUCCUGCUAGAUCAUCAAGAAACACACCUCAACUGGCCGAACCUACGGCAGUGAUGAACUUCUCAUCUGACAUUGAAACAGGUAGGGUUCAAAGUUGAUUUAAAAAUGCGGUACAGUCUGUUUGCAUGUGCCCAGAUUUUUUUUGCAUUUUUUCUAUCCAAAUAAUGAACUUUAUGAACAAAGUGAUGACAACUUUAUGGAUAGAUAACUUUAUUUCAUCUCCAGUUGAUGAAGCUUGUUAGGCCUCUAGAAAAUACAUGCUGAGAAAAUUAAAUAUUAAUUACAGAUAAUAAUAUACAAACCAAAUUUACCUACUAACAAUAAAACUCCUGUCUCCUAAUAAAUAAUUACCCUACAAUGUAACAAACUCCUAAUAAAUAAUUGCCCUACAAUUUUAACACUCAGCCUCGAUACACCUAUUGAGAAGAUAAUUUAUGAAAAUUAGUUCGAACUAAAACUAGAUUGUUAGCCAUUUUACCUGCAAAACGUUCGCAAUAGCUAAAGUCUUUUUUAACAUUUUCUCAGGACGUGUUCCAUCACCUUCCGUGAAUCAAUUACCAAGUUCAGAUAUUGAAGCAAUGAUUCAGUCUGUUUCAAAUAUCCCAGGAGGUGUUGUACCCUCAAGUGAACAAUCAAUUGUUGUCCAGAGAAGUAAGUAUUAUGGGUGCUUUUCAUUAACAAUUCUGCAUUGCCCGCUGAGUAAAGCUUGCUACUGUACUUCGAGGGUAGUGUAUUAUGAUUUAUCUUACAGUAUGUUGACAUUAUAGGUUGUGCCUGAACUACCUUAAACCAGUGAACUCGUAAAAACUGGAACGAUACUAGUAACUCCGGCUGUGUUUUUGAAGCUGGAGAUGGUGGAAAUUGAAGCCUGUCUAAAUUCAGUAUCAAAAAUCGGCAUCAUUUCAUGUAGAAUUUUCAUAAUUUUUCAGCCGAAUAUUUUUUUAAGUCGGGCGAAACUAGAGCCAGUGGUCUUUCAGGAUAAGUACAUUUUAGAAACACUUAAUUAUAAAAAGCAAAGUUAUUUGCCGAGUAAAAAACCCCGCGGAGAAACACCUGCAAACUUUUGUCUUUCUGAACUAUGUUUUACCCCUACAAGAGAUCACUUUAAUGGCCGCCAUCUUGGCCUCGCCCAAUCAUACCGCCGUUUACCUGAAGUUACUGUUCCAGUAUUUAUAGAGUUCACUGCCCUAAACAGAUUGACGUUUCAAGGUCCAUCGUUGGGAUCGACUAGUUUAUUUUGUUUUAAACAUUCGCUGAGAAAGUAACUUUGAUAGGUGUAGUAAGAAAUGGUUUGUGGUAUCCAAUGAUGAAUAAUUACCUCAUAUUGAUCAAAGAUGAAAUUUCAAUAUUCACUCUAAUUUUUUACUGAGGAUACCAAACACAACCAUCAUUAUAGAUCGCGCUAUUUUCGUCUUGUCUGUACAUCUGUCGGACGUAUGAUGGGCAUGCAUUGAGCAAUGAUAAAUCGCAGUCGAACUAUAACAUGUAGCUGAGACUUGGAGAAUUAGAAAAUGCUAUGCAUAUAUCAAAGUAUUCAACUUUUCAAUCAUCAUUUGUGUUUCACUCAGGCCUGUCCGACGUAGAGGGGAAACCACAGGACAUUCUGUCCGACCUACAUAAGUGAAACUUAGGUUUCGUUUGUCCGAACCGCCGGAAUUGGUGUCCGACCUACCUGUAACUUUGACCAACGUAAAUCAAAAUGUACCCUAGUACAGGACUAGAGGCUCUUAUAAUAAUUGACGUUUAUUGAGUAUUUACACCGAAUUAACGAGUCCAAAGUUUACUAAAACUAUUUUUACAAAAAUUAAUGAAUACAUACAGUAUACCUGUUAAAACUAUGUAUAAGCAUUAAAAAUAUUUAAAAGUAAAAAAUUGUUCUGAUCUUAAAGUUCUGCAUUUGAUUGUGUUCACCAAAACAAGCAUUGUUUUGCCCAUUUCGUAAGCUAAUACCUGCAUUCGCUCAUCUUGGGUUUUGGGAGCAUAAAAUGCAGGGGAUAAUCCUCCUUCUUCAUUUUAGUCGCAUAUUUUUUACAUAACUGUUCACGUCUGCUCUCCAAUGUUGAUAUCUGUGCCAUCAUCAUCGCCUCAUCAUAAUUGUCUAUGGAAGGGAAAAUGACUUAUGAUCAAUCGAGAAUCGGAGUAAUGUAUAACGACGUGAAAAAACACUUAUCCGCACCUUUUAGGAACACUAUUUUCAAAGGAAUUAUUGCAACGGAGAGAUGUUGUUUCGCUCACCUUCGGAAAGUUGUACAUUCCGUAUCGGAUAGGUGCUUUUUCGCGCCGCUUCGGUACAACUUAUCCGGUACAGUGAAAAUCUAGUUUCAGGUACAUGUUAUAGUUCAGUCACAGAAUACUAGACAGAAGUCCAUCUCCUUUGUUUUUUUUUGCGUAGGCUCUAUUCGUUAUGAUUCGUCACUCAACAAGUACCGUAAACAGAAGCAGUCCCCCCCCCCCCCCCAUGGAGAUACUCAAAAUGGCGCACGUCCAGGGGUGACUGCUUCUGUUUACGGUACUUACUGAGUGACGGAAUCAUGACGAAUAGAGCUUACGCAAAAAACAAAGGAGAUGGACUUCUGUGUAGUAUUCUGUGGUUCAGUGUUCUGGAUGCGCAGUCGAAAUUCCGAACUGGUCUGUAUCGCUAGCUUAAAUCUGACCAACAUUUAGAAAAUCUUAGUUUCGAGACCUCUAUGAAAACUUGUUACGUUGUAUGCAAAACUUGAAGGCACUAAAUAAAUUUAAAAAAAUGUUUUCAGGUAAGCCAACUAUUAAAUCUGAACCAACAUCCAAAGCUAACCAAGGAUCAGCAUUAUCCCCUGUCACCCCUCCCUCUCCCUUCUCUUUAUCACCUUCAAUCAAUGUGGAUUUUGAUAUCGAAAUGUUGUCGCCAUCGUCUUGGGACGAUUCGUCAUCGCACAGCGCAACUCCGGUAUGUAUUGCACAUGUUGUACGUAACCGGCUUCUAAACCAGGCAAUAGCCAGGCGGUCAUGCCAACUGUCCGGAGUAGUGUAGAUACAGAGGUCUGAUUCAACCAAAAGCCUGUAACUGCCGCCAUGCCGUAUAUUCCUGGGUGCGAAUUAAAUUUUUUCUCUCAAAUACAAUGAAUUUCAAAAAUUGUACGUCAUGCUAGUUUUUGACCUACAAAUUUCAAUUUUGACCUACAAAUUUUUUUUCUAAUAUUCAAUUUUAGUUUUGUUUUUAUGAAAGUUAUCUUCGAUUGUUUAGUUUAUUUAUUCGCAAUCGCAAAGCAAGUGCAAAGCAUUCGCAGUGCUGUCGCCAAGUUCCUGGCCAGUGUGCACUCGUCCCCCCACCCUGAACGCCUAAGCCACUCCGCCCAUUUUGAAUGUUUUCAGGGGAUGACGGUCUCUCCUUAGCUCACUGGCUAGGUUUUCUCACGUGGGCUGGUUUUCGUCUUUUGUAACAUUGUAACAUUGUAACACUGAUCAGUAAAGAAUGGCCUUUCCCUGACCUCUAUAGGAAGAACAGUUUAGCCGGAACUGAUAAAGAGCUAUCCAGUAUAAUAGAUAAAGUAGGUUUAAUCCACGUUUCCUCCUGUUCUAAGACUUGUCUUACAGGGAAUUCCCCUUAUAUUGGACCCCUAGGUAAGUCAGUUAACCAUAGUGGAAUCGCCGUUUUCUGAUACGCCAAUAUAUUUUUUCAAGAGAAUUUGACACGCCAAUAUAUUUUUUUCAAAAAAAAUCUGACAAAUUGACACGCCAUUUUUAAAAGUAUAUUUUAUUUAAAAAUACAACUACGUAGCUAUAUUAAAUGUAUUGAUGUCACAAAGUGUACAAAUAACAAAUGUACCAUUUUUAACGCAAAUGAAUAAUUGAUUUUUAAAUUUGCAUCAACGCAUGUUUAAUGCAUGGCUACAUGUAAAUACAGUUUCACAUUGUAUAAUCAUCAAAUUAUCGAUUCAAUAUCAAAAUACCAGAAUUUUAUAUAUUAAUAUACAUAUUUAGUAUAAUUUUGAAUUCGUCUUGUAUUAAAUAUUGUACUUGGGUAGCAGGAUUACUAUGGAUUAAUCAAAUAAACAGACACCAUCCUACCUUCGUUUGAAUCCAUGGACUCCAUUGACCAUUUUCUCAAAUUUAGGGCUGCACAUUUUGGCGCGUAUUUGUUGUUUAUAACUUUAUAGGCCUGCUAAAUUUGCGGUCAGUUGACCCCGUGGUUCCCGAUUACUUGGUGUAAAAAUUAUAUUUCCUUCCGGGUUCACCGAAGGCAAAGCGAUCUUAUUAUUUUAAAAAUAUUUUAAAAAUUCGAUCGAAGGAUUCGAAGACAGUCAAUCUGUCAAUUUGUACGUUGUACAAUACGCCACGCUUUGCUAUCCUAGAAAAUCUACGCCACGCCAAACGGAGCACGUAAUAUUUACUUGUUUACGCCACGCCAAAUUAAUUUUCAAGUCCACAGAUACGCCAAUAUAUUUGGCGUAACAUACGGCGAUUCCACUAUGGUCAGUUAAGGCCUGAUAGUUCUAUCCAGUAUAAAUAAAAUUACUUUAGUUUAAAGAUGAUGUCCACUCCUGUGCCCAUGCGCGAACUUUGUUUACGUUUUGAACUGCUAUAUUUGUAAAAUAUGAUAUACUAACUGAAUAUCUAACACUUUUCUGGUUCGCUAUACUUGUAAAUGAAUAUAAACUGGACGUUUCAAUUCAAAAAAGUUCGAAAGAUGCAAAAUUUGGGCAAUGUUUAUAUCUGGGGGUCCCCCUUUGUUAUGAGCAGAACUGAUGCGCAGAACGGAGUGGAUAUCAUCUUUAAGUUUCCUCCUGUAGUAGUACUGGGACAACAAAGAAAGGACCUUACUGGACCAUUAUGGAGAGCAGUUUAGAACUGAUAAAACUAUCCAGUAUUGGUGAGGCACCGAUAUCGGCCCUAAAUUAAAAAUAUCGGUAUUGUAUUAUGACCAAUUUAUGCGAGAUAUUUAUGUGGUAUUUAUGUUUGUUAUUUGGCAAAUCUUCUAAAAUAAAGUAAAUAAAUUUAAUUGUAACACAACUCGAUUUAUAUCGAUUGUAUCGAUAUAAAUUCCACAGAUACCCAUAUUCAAAGAUGUUAGUUUGUAUUAACUCGUAGUUAUGAUGUGUUUUUAACAGUAACUCCAAUUGUCAUUUGUGAAUUUUGAAGUAGAAUAAAAGGAGAGACCCUGGGAACGAGGUCGAAUAUAUUAUCGGUAUCGGAAUUUCAGUAAAUUCCCAUAUCGGUGCAUUAAUACUAUCCAGUAUAAAUAAAAUUUGUUUAGUUUAUGUGCCAUGCGGUUAUUUUGAACUGAUUUGUAUCCAUUUGAAUAUUUUUCAGAUGAGUAAACUUUAUAAACUUUCUGAAGAGCCAGAACGGAGAGAUUUCCUGGAUAAGUUAGUCUCGUUAACGGAACAACUGCAGGGUAAAUACUUUUCCAACCAAAAUUUUGGUCUUAGUUUGUUUUCCAGUCAGCUAUUACAAUGUGUGUCUAUUUCUUUUGUUUGUAGGAAAACCGUUAAUUGAAGUUCCCAACUUCAAUGGCUCGGCUUUAGACGUAUUCAAGUUUUUUCAACUCGUAUCAAAACGAGGCGGAAUGCAAGAGGUAUGUUUUUGAAGCACAGUUGUGUAGGUUACCAGGCCUGAAAAUAGAAUCUCCGAUGAGUUUGGGUCGGACAUAUGUACGUAUGAUGAUUUCCGAUGACCUUCAGUUCAGUUUGGCUCGGAAAUAAGUCUGAAUGACACAAAUUAAUAUCAGCACAAUGUAUUAAAUCUGAACGGUAAAUGUUGUGAACAUAUUUAAAAAUUUUAUGUCCCGCGCUCGAUUAUAUUAAAACAAUAUUUCCGGUUCACUUUUUAUACAUUACUCUGAUUCUCCAUUUAACAUACGAGCCUCUAGUCCUGGACUAGGGUACAUUUUGAUUUACAUCCGACAAGGCUACAGUUUGGUCGGAUACCAAUACACUCGGGUCGGACAAAUAAUAAACCCCAGUUUUACUUAGGGUUGGACAGAAUGUCCGGUGAUUAAGUCGGACAAUUUCACGAAUGGGUCGGACGAUGCCCGCGAGCGACCGAUAUUUUAAGGCCUGGCUUACGGCACAAAACAUAUCACAUGCAUCCAAUGAUGAAAUAAUCUUGUUUGAAAUUUUAAAAUGAAAAUUUCUAUAUAAACCUAAUUCUCCACUGAGGAUGCUGUGAUAUAUAUUGUUAUGGAAUACAUACAUAGAGUCCGUUUUGCCGGAAAACUCAUAAGUGGGAUGGAUUAUUCCUUAUACGACUUUAAUAGUAUAUGUUUAGGUCUAUUACAGUGAUGUUUUGUUUGUAUUUUCCAACUAUGCCGUUCAAUACUAUAUUAUUUUAAAUUAUUCUAAUUUUUUUUGUGCUCACUACAACUAUUGGGCCUCCUACGGUAUGUGUACGAAAUCGUUCCGUCAUUAUGCGCCUGUUCAGACUGGUUUUCAUGUAAACCUAUCCAGAAUUAAAGUGUCAUAAUUAACAACUCUCUAGGUCACAAGGCUGAAACUAUGGAAAGAAGUUGCUCAAGGCUUAACAAAUGCCGCAACUACACCGAACAAUGAGGAUGCACAGAUUUUGCGAGAACAUUAUGUUCGUUUCCUGUUACCUUACGAAGAAAAGUUAAGUGGAAACCCACCCCAACUCGCAACAAGUGGCCCGCCUAUCUCGACCCCCAAUUCACACACCCCUGCUAACCACGAACCUGGAAAUAUCGACCUCUCGACGAUGACCUACAAAAAUUUGUUUCAAGGUAACUCAAACACUCCCACCACUCCGUACAGCCAGGGGGGUGCACCCACUAUGCAACCACCAUCGUACCCAAGUACCCCACCCGCUACGCAAGGGUACCCCAGUACGCCACCCAUGCAGCAUCCUGGUUACCGGAAUACCCCCGGUUACCCUCAAACACCAUCCGGGUACCCUGGUUAUCCACAAGGAUCUCCGCGGGUACCUUCUUAUCCUGCAGGUCACCCUGGUUACUCGAAUCACCAAUACGCAAACUUCCAAGGGCCCCCCUCCCAAAUGUCUAGCUAUCACAAUGGCAUGGUGCCCUCCCGGUAUCCUAACUAUCCCCGCAACACCGUCCCACCGGAGGCCAUGUACGGGCAGUUUCCCCGCGGUCCCGGUAUGAAUAAACCGUUUCAACACGACCCACAGUCCCAAGGUAUGUUCCCGAACUAUCAACAACAAGGUCAGCACCCUCCCGGAUACAUGUAUCAACAACAAGCAUCAAACAUGGCCGCUUACCAGAUGGAGAGACAGCGAGCAGCUCAACGCGGAGGGGUAUGUAUGCAUCAGUGAACUGUGUUUUUUAAGCAAAAAAUGGUAGAAAUUUUUUUUCAGAUUUCAGACCAAAUUGCAUUCCACUCAGUUCAAUUAUACCAUUAUUAACAUCGCUUGAUAAAAGCAAAUCUUAGUAUGAAGGUCAUGUUUUGAACUAAUUUUAAACACUAAUUUUGAUUAAAUGAUGUUAAGCCGUAAUAAGCCCUUGUUUUAUUUAUUAAAUCGUUUUUAGAUGGGCUCCCCCAGACCUCGUAUGCAAUCCCCCUGGGUACAAAGGUACCAAGAUGGUCCUGGGACAAGUUCAGGAAGCCCCUCACCCUUUCACAAUUCUCAAUCCCCUGGUCUCAAACCAACUCGGCCCCCUCCUCCCUACCCCCAUCCGAAGCAGGAGAAGCCUUCCCCAACGCCACAGAGUGCCGCAGCCGCCCUACAAUAUCAAGCCAUGAAGGCUGUGAAGAUGGCUCCUGCGAAGAAGGAAGAUGAAUUGUUUCCUCCGGGCUGUGUUGAAACAACGCAAGCUGUACAUACGAAGAAACGACGCUUGACCGCAAGAGAUAUAGGUAUGAACCAAGACACAGUACUGAGACUAAAGCCUGAUUCACACUAGCAAUUCUGUCGGCGAUUUUUCUCCUCCUGACAAAUGUGAUCGAACGAAUGACAUGCAAAAGACUUAGAAUUGUUUACUUUUGAAAAACGACUUUAUAGUUUUGUGUGCGAGUUCACUCAUUUGCAUCAGUCAGAAACAGAAAAUCGCCGACAAAAUUGCUAGUGUGGCUUACGUUCACACUACGGUUGCAAUUACGUCAUUUUGCCGUAACAAUUUGAGCACGGUUUCUAAAACGGAGCGCUGGGCCGCUUCGUGUGAACACAAACGCCGUUACUUUUUUGUACCGCUUUCAAACCAAGCAUCUGAGGACUCAAGACAGUAAAUUCGAACGCUUUUCGUUUGAAUUUCUUUGCUCUAUUUGAAAUAUUUUGAUUUACAUGAGUGCUAACUUAAUUUGUAAACGAACUGUAACAUAAAUUCUGCCGGCAUAAUUUCGCUCUGGUGUUGUGUGAAUCGCAAAUACGCGAUACAAAUUUGCCUCUUAAUUAAGAGACUGGAACUAAUGUUUCUCUUCCCUAGGUCCUGUUGAGGCGUGGCGAAUUAUGAUGUCAUUAAAAUCAGGUCUUUUAACCGAGACGUCAUGGGCUCUGGACACGUUGACUAUCUUACUGAGUGACGAUGCCACUGUGGGCUUUUUCAAACUGGGACAUUUGCCUGGAUUUCUCGACACAGUAGUGGAACACUUUCGGCGAAACUUGAUCAAUGUUUUUGGUGUUCUACGCGAGAGUGAGAUCGAUACUGGAAUGCCAGAUCGUUUCGCUUAUGGAAAGACUACGGACACGGAAGAGAAGCAGUUUUGUGAUGUUCUGCCGGACCAAAUCGCGACGGAGAAUUUUUCUUCGAUAAUUGUUACCAGUUGCCUGACUGACAACGAAGAACCAGGGUUUUGUGGCGGUGGCAAAGACUGGAGUUCUGGCGGAGGGGAUACUACGAUUCAUAUUCAAACUCAUUUUGAAACUGAUCCACGAUUUUAUGAAGAUAGGAAGAAUGAUUUAGAAGAUUUGGUUGAAAACACAGGUGAAGACAAGCCCAUGGAUAGCUUGUCUGAGGCAGAGAACAGAGACGAGGAUUCUCAGAUCUCUAAGAGUUCUGAUAAUACGAUCACCAAUCAAGAGAAGGUCUCGAUAACCAAUGAUUUCAACGAGCUGAAGGACCAUAAAAGUGUCCAAGCUGAAGUAACCAGCCUUUUUAAUGGGAUACCAUCGCCCGAUACGAAGAUAACGAGAAAGUCUGUGAUUACCACAGACUCGGGAGUAUUAGUGAAAAAAGAAAUGACUGAAAUUCUGGCCCGGAGGAUGCAACAGAAUUGUUGUAACGGAGAGGAAAAUGGCUCGGAUGACCAUGAGAGUUCUGUCGACAAACUAGAGCCAGGAAGCUCGCUGACCAAAGUUGAAUCUGGAAGUUCUUAUAAGGAAAAUCAUUCGGCCAUAUUAAUCAAACGAUUAAAAACAGAACUUGACCUCGAUGUGGACUCGGUUAGCAACGACGCUGAGGAAAUUACUUCGAGUGUAAAGAGAUGCGACAUGGACGCUAAUACUUCUACGGAUAUCGAAUGUGAACUGAAACAAGAAUUUCCACUAAGUAGCGUGACGUUGUCCCAAGAUUCCGCCAUAAAUACGUGUAACUGUGUGUCAAAUAUUAUCAGAAACUUAUCAUUUGUUCCUGGCAACGAUGUAGAAAUGGCGAGAAAUCCAUCUUUGCUGCUUAUACUUGCUAAAUUGCUACUAUUACAUCAUUUGAAGAGAAAGAAAGGGCUCGCCUCUGAUAGUCAAUACAAUGACAGCGACUGUUGGUGGCAAGAUUGCCUCGACACUGUUCGCGAAAAUACUUUAGUAACAAUCGCAAACAUUGCUGGAUAUUUAGAUUUAUCGCCUCUGGCUGGAAAUGUGAGUCGAUUAUUACUAGACGGACUAUUACAUUGGCUUGUUUGCCAAUCUGCGGUAGCCGAUGAGCCGCUCAGAAGCACUAGUGUAUCGGUUAUUCUCACUCCUAAACAACUGGUCCUCGAAACAAUGGCGAAGAUGAGCGUAUUGGAGACGAAUGUUGAAUUCAUCUUGAGCUCUCCCGAUAAGACCAGGCUUACAAAGGCGUACGAGUACUUGGUGAAACUAUUUUCAGACAAAACCAACGAAGUCACUCGCGAGUUUGCAUUGGUCUUGCUGUCGAGUUUCACGCAAGCGAAUCAGGAGAUUUGUAGUAAGAACUCGGAGCGGAAUCUUGUGACAGUGUUAGUCGGGUUUCUCGAGGAUGCUCGAGACAGAGUCGAGUCGAUGGCCGUGCGUGGUUUACACCCCGGAAUGUUUCGUGAUAACGAUCUUCGAGUCAGUAUGGGUAUGCUGCGUCGUGCGGGGAGCUUGUUAGCGUGCAUUGCGAAACGAACACGCAGCACGCAUUUAAUCCCGUUUCAAGAACGCAUUCUGGAUCUAAGCAUGUCCCGUGCUUUGGACGCGGAAGUACAGUCUCAUUUGAGUAACGUGCUCUACAAUCUGCCAAGGUGAUGGUAAUGUAAUGAAAAUUUGACUUCGCAACCGCUAAGACUACACACGUAAAUCACGCAAGUUGUUAGAGAUCUGCAAACAAAUUGUAACAAGGUUGUUGUCGAGCCGAUAUCAGGAUGUGUUCGCACUGCUUGUUCCCAGCAGUUGUUACAAGGUUGACGACGGUAACAGACUUGCCACACAAGUUAUUCCAACAAAACUAUUACAAGAUUGUUAGUAACAAAUCGCUACGAGCUUGUUGUCAUCGCCUUGUUGCAAGCCUGUCAACCUUGUUGCAAGAUGAUAAAAACUUGUUUCAGACUUAUCAACCACUGGGGACAAGCAGUGCAAAUACAUCUUGUUGACAAGUUGUGAGAGUUUUACACAUGUUAUGUGGAGGCUGUAGUUUAGUAAUUUCGAGUUUUCAUCCAAGGUACGCGUUUUAAGACGAGAUAAAACUUAUUGUUUGUCGAGUAACAUUUGCUUAUUCAAAUGAAAUUACACCUAUCCGUUCCGCUCAUUCAACGUGAAAAAACGCCCAUCCGUACCUUUUAGGAACACUAUUUUCAGAGGAAUUAUGGCAACGGAGAGGUGGUGUUUCACUCACCUUCUGAAAGUCAGAAGGAAAAGCUAUCUCUUAUAGUGUAAGCGUAGCUUUAAAGUAUGGUUUACAUUAUCGAAGUUUCUGUGAUCACAGUAGGAAUUUUGCAUGGGUAAAUUCUAAGUUUUGAAGGAUUUGUAAGAAACGUUUGAGUGAACUGAAUCGAUGUUCAACACUACGUCAGUUCCCUCAAAAACAUUUCUUAGAAAUCCUCCAAAACUAUAAUAGAAUUUACCUAUGCAAAAUUCCUACUGUGAUCACAGAAACUUUGAUAGUGUAAACCAGACUUAGUUAAGGAACCGAGCGAAUUCCAGCACAGUCAAACGUACGAAGGGGCCAAAUUUUUGCGUAAGAUUCUAGAUUUGUCCGAACAUCGGCUAUAAGGAAGGCGGUUGUGAAGUCAUAUCUUAAGUUGUGACAUAAAAGCAAAGAAACUGUAUGUAGACUGUAGUACUUGUGGACAAACUAAAAGCCUAACACAAUAACUCGUAUGACAAAACGUUGCUGCGAAGCGCGCAUUUCACAUUUUUGUUGGUUAACAAAUGACAUCAAAUAAUUUUUGUACAUUCAAAGGAAAGUAGAAAUAAAAAUUAAUUCAUAUUGUGCAUUCGUCCAGGGAAUGCAUUGACAUUGAAAGAAACAUUAAAACACAGGAGUUUUUGUUGUAUUAUGCAUUGAAAUGAGUCCAUGUUUCAUCAAAGUGCCAAUAACUCUUCAACUUAUGC